CUCGCCUGCUUUCGUUCCAGGGUUUUAGCGGUUGCCUUUCGUCCUAGGGAUUAAGCUUCCCCAGGGUUUAUCUCCAUCGGAACACAGAAUCAUCUCGCCAUCCUGAAACCUUUCUAUUGAAUUCAGUAAUAGCAGACAGAAUGAAAGUGAAAGUAAUAUCGCGCUCUACUGAUGAAUUCACUAGAGAAAGAAGUAAUGAUCUUCAGAGAGUGUUUCGAAAUUUCGACCCCAGCCUCAGGCCGCAGGACAAGGCUGUGGAGUAUGUACGGGCACUCAAUUCAGCCAAAUUGGAUAAGAUUUUUGCAAGGCCAUUUGUAGGAGCAAUGGAUGGACAUAUAGAUGCUGUGUCCUGUAUGGCGAAGAACCCAAACUACUUGAAAGGAAUAUUUUCUGGUUCUAUGGAUGGAGAUAUUCGUCUCUGGGAUAUAGCCUCCAGGCGAACAGUUUGUCGAUUUCGUGGUCAUGAUGGUGCUGUUAAAGGUCUGACGGUUUCUACAGAUGGAAGAAUUCUUGUAUCAUGUGGAGUUGAUAAAACUGUCAGGCUCUGGGAUGUUCCAGUUGCUACACUUACAGACUCAAGUGACUCUUCCGAUAAGACUCCUGAGCCACUGGCAAUUUAUGGUGGAAAUAAUGCAUUUUGGGCUGUUGAUUACCAGUGGGAUGGUGAUCUUUUUGCUACUUCUGGUGCUCGAGUAGAUAUAUGGAAUCGCAAUAGAUCCCAACCGGUGAACAGCUUUGAAUGGGGAACGGACACAGUUAUAUCUGUUCGAUUUAAUCCUGGAGAUCCAAAUGUGUUGGCAACUUCAGCUAGUGAUCGGAGCAUAGCUAUAUAUGAUCUGCGCAUGUCAUCUCCCGCAAGAAAACUUAUCAUGCAGACGAAAACCAAUUCUGUCUCAUGGAACCCAAUGGAGCCAAUGAACUUCACAGCUGCAAAUGAGGAUUGCAAUUGUUAUAGCUAUGAUGCUAGGAAAUUAGAUGAAGCUAAGUGCGUACACAAAGAUCACGUCUCAGCAGUGAUGGAUAUAGACUAUUCACCAACUGGCCGUGAAUUUGUUACUGGAUCUUAUGAUAGAACAAUCAGAAUAUUCCAGUAUAAUGGUGGUCACAGCCGGGAAAUUUAUCACACGAAGCGAAUGCAAAGGGUAUUCUCUGUCAAGUUCAGUUGUGAUGGAAGUUAUAUUAUAUCAGGGAGUGAUGACACCAACCUUAGGCUCUGGAAGGCUAAAGCGUCAGAACAAUUGGGAGUUCUUCAUCCAAGGGAAAAAAGAAAGCAUGAAUAUCAUGCGGCUGUCAAGAAUCGAUAUAAACAUCUCCCUGAGGUCAACCGUAUUGUGAGGCACAGGCAUCUGCCGAAGCCCAUAUACAAGGCAGCUGCCCUGAGACGCACUAUGACAGAAGCGGAUAGAAGAAAAGAACAAAGAAGGAAAGCACAUAGUGCUCCAGGGAGCAUUGUUACUGAGCCGAUGCGUAAAAGAAGAAUCAUCAAAGAAGUCGAGUGAACAACCUUCACUUCCCAGAUAUUCAGGGUAGGGUACCAUUCCCACUUAAAAGAUUAGGUUUAGAAUCCUUUUUUUUUAUGCCUCGCCGAGGGAUUUUCCCAACUCCAGUGCUGUAGAAUCAUCUUUUGCCUGUUGGCAAACUAUUGUCAAAGAUAUUGGUUGUCAGAAUAUGCGAAGUUUAGUGUUUAGUGAUCCUUCGGUAGCCUCUGUGAAUGUAAAGUGUGAAAUGGUAAGGAAACAAAUUCAAUUUUGUUUCAUAUUCUUAGUGUAUCAUUGACUUAUUCGUCCCA